CCCGUCGGUGAGCUCUCUCCACUGAAGGCGGACCUGGUCCAUGAAUGACUCCAUCCAAUUUUGAACCGCAAUCAUCUCGUUCGCCGGAGGAUCUCUGCUGUUGCCCUUUUUUGGCGCAGCUACUAACGUACCUGGCACCUUGGUAUGCGCUCUGCUGGCUGCUCUUGCCUUGCCGGGCAAGACCUAGAUAGAUACGUCCUCUACCCUUGGCGAGUCGUGCCUUCCGUUCAUGCUGCGCAAUACGAUGCACUAAAUGUCUAAACGCAGCUGCUGCAGCAUCACGAAGUGCCAUGGCAAUUCGAAACCAUCACGUUGCGUGAAAGCGCCGUUUAGGACCACAGCAGCCAAGACGCAACACCGCAAUCAUCGUCGUCAAGGGCCAGACGCCGGCGCGGACCACGACUCACAGCUUCGUUUUCCUAUACCAGGGUCGGCUCUGGGAACCAGAGAGGGACACUGGAGCACGAGCCGCGAAAAGGCUGCACAAUGUUCAGAUGGCGACUCUCACUCGCCCGGCGACGCAUUUGCAACGCAUCGCUGGUAAAGGUCCAUACUUUAGCACCCCGGUACUACGAGUAUAGAGAAGAAAGCCUCAUCUGCAGACAUUAUUCUCAUGUAUAGACGGUGGAGACCAGCGCGCUGUUGGUAGUUGGACGCGCGUGGCAGCGUCUUUAUCCGCGAAGCUAUCUCCUCAGCUCCCGACAAUGCGCACAAUUCCAGGAGCGCGGGCGUGCCCGAAGCGCUGUGAUGGAGUCUCCCUCAACAGUCGAUAGUCCAAACCAUGGUACCACGAAGCCGAUAGUUCUUCGUAUUCGUUCGAUAAGCUACCGAGCAGAUGCAAUGCUCCGGGACGUGUCGAGCGACGGGUUGAGCCCGGAAGCCGAUGCCAGCUGUAUCGGUUCGGCCGUCACCCAGCUUCAAUUCCCAUGACGCGCAAUUCCUCAUCGCACGAGUGUACGAGGGACGUUUUUCCGAGUUACAACUUCAUCCUGUCAAAUCGAAAUAUCUUGAUCAAAAAAACAUGCGUUCAUCUACCACUGUAAGCGUCGUUGGGGCGGCCCUCGCCGGCUUAGGGGUUACACAUCCAACUCAUGACGGACGGUUUUCUAUGCCCAACAUCAUGGUCGGGCUGCGAGACGACCCUCGUGAGCAGUCGGCGCAUUUACAGUCAGCACUGCAAAGGCGAAGAAACGAAGAGGACCUGUCCCCAGCCUGGCCUCCAAACCCUGCCCGAGCAGCCAGCCAGAACCCUUCAUGGAAUAACAUGGAAAGGCGGCAGUCGGUGAGCAGAUGCGGUGCCGACUUUGGAGGCGCCAUCUGCGACCCAGGAUAUUGCUGCUCCAGCGCUGGAUGGUGUGGCUUGGGCUAUUUAUACUGCUCCGCGCCGUCAUGUCAGAUAAAUUACGGCCCGGGAUGCGAUGCAAACACCCGCCCCUGCGGCAGCGACACAACGAACGUGUCGAGACCACGGCUGGGGUCCGUUCCGUACGGAGUUGCCAUCUAUCACUGCGAGGUAUACGGAGACAUUGCUCUCACCUAUGAUGACGGGCCAUGGUUCUAUACCUCUGAUCUGCUCGAUCUCCUAAAGAACCAUAGCGCAAAAGCUACAUUCUUCGUGACUGGCAAUAACCUCGGCAAGGGCAAGAUCAAUGAUCCCAGCUUACCAUGGCCAGGCAUCAUCAGACGCAUGAUCGCCGAAGGUCAUCAAGUCGCCAGUCACACAUGGGCUCAUCAGAGACUCACCGACCUAACUCCUGAUCAAGUUCGAGAACAAAUGCUCUUCAACGAGGUGGCCUUCAACGACAUUCUGGGUUACUUUCCCACAUAUAUGAGGCCGCCUUACUCGGCCAGCAACGCUCAAGUCGACUCCAUCCUCGGCGAUCUCGGCUAUCACAUCACCUACUUCAACCUAGACACCGAGGGCUAUCUUCAUGACGACCCAAACACCAUCCAGAAAAGCAAGGACAUCUGGGACGAGGCUGUCGAAGGAGCCAACACGGCCACCACCAAGUGGCUGCAGAUAGAGCACGACCCUGUUUGGCAGUCUGUCUACAACCUCACCGCACAUAUGCUCGAGUCGCUCUUCCGCAACGGCUUCCGCUCCGUCACGGUUGGCGAGUGCCUUGGCGACCCAAGUGGGAACUGGUAUCGCACAGGGACCUCGGGCCCGUCGACGUGCCCAUCCGCAACUUCGGGGGCCCCCACGGCGACUCCCACGGUUGGGCUACCCAGUACGAAUGGCCGUUGCGGUGUCAACUUCAACGGCACGACUUGCGUCAACCAAGGCUCGGAUAGGUGUUGCUCUCCGGCGGGAUGGUGCGGUGGUACUACCGCCCACUGCGGCACUGGGUGCCAACCCCUUUAUGGCCAGUGUGGUUCAGCAAGCUCGAGUUCGAGCUCGAGCAGUAGCAGUAGCUCUACCUCCAGCUCAAGUGUGCCGGGCAUCACCAUUAGCACUAGCUCCACGUCGUCCUCGUCGACAUCUUCAACGACGACGAGUGCAUCGGCAACAGCGACCGUCGGAUCGCCUAGCACCAAUGGACGUUGCGGCAUCAACUUCAGCGGCAUGACGUGCGUCAACCAGGGCUCUGACAGAUGCUGCUCUUCGGCAGGGUGGUGCGGAAAUACGACCGCCCACUGCGGCACUGGGUGUCAAGCUUUAUAUGGGCAGUGCGGUGCAGUAAGCUCGAGCUCCAGUAGCUCCAGGUCAUCAUCGUCCUCGUCUACAAGCUCGACGACGACGACGAGCGCGUCGGCAACAGCGUCGGUCGGACCCCCGAGCACGAAUGGCCGCUGCGGGCCCAAGUUUGGUGGCACCACCUGCGUCAACCAGGGCUCCGACAGGUGCUGCUCGUCGGCCGGCUGGUGCGGAGGCACCUCUGCUCACUGCGGCACGGGCUGUCAACCACUCUACGGCCAGUGCGGUACAUCUUCGUCUGCCUCAGUCGCGGCCCUGCUUUUUGCUGCCCCUUCAUCCUCGUCUCUAUCGUCUGUUUCGAGCUCCACCGCUUCCGCGAGUACUGCGCCUUCCGCCUCGUCUUCGUCCGCACCGUUCGCACCCCCUUCGACUACGUCGUCGACUUCUUCCACUGCAUCCUCGACUUCGUCUUUGGCUGCACUGCUGGCCCCUCCUCCGACUGAAUCCUCCACGUCUUCUACGGAACCCACCACCUCGUCAUCCACUGUAUUUUCAACCUCUUCCGCAACGUCAACGUCCUCUACUGCAUCUAUUUCAUCGAGCACAUCCACCUCCUCGUCCACAUCCACCACCCCCACUUCGACGUCAUCUCUUUCUUCCACGUCCUCUAGUACAUCUUUUUCGACGAGCACAACCACCACCUCGUCCACAGCCACGUCCAGCACCUCCGCGACGCCAAGUGUAGGGCCACCCAGCACCGACGGACGCUGUGGACCAGAUUUCAACAACACAACCUGCGUCGGCCUAGUCGACUUGGGGCCGUACAAGUGCUGCUCUGCAAAGGGCUGGUGCGGCAACACGACUACCCAGUGCGGAGAUGGAUGCCAAAAGUGGUAUGGAAACUGUACUUUGACUUAGUGUUGGUCGUGAUCGGACUUUGGUCAAGGCUGGAAGUAAUGGGCCAACCCUGAAAAUUUCACGUAGUGCCUUUGGCUUUCAUGGCAGGGUUGCCUGUAUAUUAUAACGUGGUUUCUGUGGCGUUCAUACUCGGAGUCAUUUGAUUUGCUACAUCACCUGCCCUCAACGUGUAUAGGAGGAUCUCGACCCAUCCAAGCUACGUACUCGAAAUUGUCUCAAUC